AUGCCUUACACGCCGUCUGGCUUUUUCUGCGACCGACUGAUCCGGGAAAGGGAGCGAAGGGAUGGGGAAGGGUCUCUCAACAAGCCCCUGCGCUUCAACGGCCAGGACUUCAACCUCCUGAAGCAGGAGUACGUGCAGAAGAAAACCCUGUUUGAGGAUGACAGCUUUCAGGCCACUGUGGAGUCCCUGGGUUACAAGGAGCUGGGGCACAAGUCCAACAAGGUCAAGAACAUCGUCUGGAAGAGGCCCAAGGACAUUUGUGAAAACCCUCAGUUCAUCGUGGGAGGAGCCAGCAGGACAGACAUCUGUCAGGGAGACCUGGGUGACUGUUGGCUCCUGGCGGCCAUCGCCUGUCUGACUCUAAAUGAAAAACUCCUGUAUCGGGUCGUCCCUCAGGACCAGAGCUUCACUGAUAACUAUGCUGGUAUCUUCCACUUCCAGUUCUGGCGCUACGGUGACUGGGUCGAUGUUGUCAUUGACGACCGCAUCCCCACCUUCAAUAACCAGCUGGUUUUCACCAAGUCGGCUGAAAGGAAUGAGUUCUGGAGCGCUCUCCUGGAGAAGGCCUAUGCCAAGCUGCAUGGCUCUUAUGAGGCUCUGAAGGGAGGAAACACCACAGAGGCCAUGGAAGACUUCACUGGCGGGGUGACGGAGUUCUACGAGAUGAAGGAGGCCCCCAAGGAGCUGUACAAGAUCAUGAAGAAAGCCCUGGAGAGGGGCUCCCUCAUGGGCUGCUCCAUCGAUUCCCUGGUUCCGGCCCGAUUUGAGACCCGUACCGUCACCGGACUUGUCAAAGGUCACGCCUACUCUGUGACAGCUGUGGAGGAGUGUAAACAAUCUGCAAAGGAAACCAAGGAGACCAAGGUUCGACUGGUGCGGCUGCGGAACCCCUGGGGACAGGUGGAGUGGAACGGGCCCUGGAGUGACAACUCCAAGGAGUGGGGGAGCAUCUCCAAGGCAGAGAAAGACAAGCUGCAGCAUCAGAAUGCUGAAGAUGGAGAGUUCUGGAUGUCCUUUGAGGACUUCAAAAAGAACUACACCAAGAUUGAGAUCUGCAACCUGACUCCUGACGCUCUGGAGGAUGACAAGAUCCACAAGUGGACGGUGUCUGUGAACGAGGGUCGCUGGGUGCGUGGCUGCUCUGCCGGGGGCUGCAGGAACUACCCAGACACGUUCUGGACGAACCCGCAGUACCGCCUGCGCCUGCUGGAGGAGGACGACGACCCCGAGGACAACGAGGUGGCCUGCACCUUCGUGGUGGCGCUGAUGCAGAAGAACCGCAGGAAAGAGCGCAAGAUGGGUGCCAACCUCUUCACCAUCGGAUUCGCCAUCUACGAGGUGCCGAAAGAGAUGCAAGGCAACAAGCAGCACAUGCCGAAGGAGUUCUUCCUGUUCAACUCGUCCAAGGCGCGCUGCAAGUCCUACAUCAACCUGCGCGAGGUGACCCAGCGCUUCCGCCUCAGCCCCGGGGAGUACGUCAUCAUCCCCUCCACCUACGAGCCCCACCAGGAGGGCGACUUUAUCCUCAGGGUCUUCUCCGAAAAGCGCAACACUUCAGAGGAGAUAGAGAACAGGAUCGAGGCCGAUCAUCCUGUGCCGGCCCCAGCCUCCGCGGGGGAGGAGAGCGAGGAGGACCAGCAGUUCCGGACCAUCUUCCAGCAGAUCGCCGGGGACGUGAGUACUGGCAGGCCAGGGAGCGCUUGGGGGACUGAGAUGGAGAUCACAGCCAACGAGCUGAAGAACGUCCUCAACAGGGUGGUGUCCGAGCACAAGGAAAUGCACACUGAAGGCUUCAGCCUGGAGAGCUGUAGGAGCAUGAUCGCCCUCAUGGAUAUGGAUGGAACAGGCAGACUGAACCUGCAGGAAUUCCGGCACCUGUGGAACAAGAUCAAACAGUGGCAGGGGAUCUUUAAGCACUACGACACUGAACAGAAAGGCAGCAUCAACAGCUACGAGAUGCGGAACGCUGUCAAUGAUGCAGGCUUCCGCCUCAACAACCAGCUCUAUGACAUCAUCACCAUGCGCUACGCCAACGAGAACAUGAACAUUGAUUUCGACAGCUUCGUUAGCUGCCUGGUGCGGCUGGAGGGCAUGUUCAGGGCAUUCCAGGCCUUUGAUCAAGAUGGAGAUGGGAUGAUCAGACUCAGUGUCCUGGAGUGGCUCCAGCUGACCAUGUACGCCUAGGCAGGGCCUGUGACCAUAGGUGAGCCCUGCUCUCUGCCUGGACCACCUCCACCAGCCUUUACCUCAGCUCUCACCGUGCCAGCCCCAUCAUCUCAUACCCCUCCACCCUCUCCAUCCCUGCACCCCCU